AUGGGAUCUGAUAAGCAUUCUGCUCGUUUGCUACAUAACCUCAAAAUGGAGAGAGUCAGGACGAUUCUAACACAUACUUACCCUUACCCGCACGAGCAUUCACGUCACGCUAUGAUUGCUAUUGUUUUGGGUUGCCUAUUCUUCAUCUCUUCUGAGAACAUGCACACCCUCAUAGAAAAGUUGGACAACAACUUCAAAUGGUGGUCCAUGUAUGCUUGCUUGCUUGGAUUCUUCUAUUUCUUUUCGUCUCCAUUCAUCGGAAAGACUAUUCGACCAAGCUACUCAACCUUCAGUCGAUGGUACAUUGCUUGGAUUUUAGUUGCGGCUUUGUACCAUCUCCCAAGUUUUCAGUCAAUGGGUUUGGAUUUGAGGAUGAAUCUGUCCUUGUUUCUAACGAUAUACAUAUCAUCCAUAGUCUUCCUUCUUGUCUUCCACGUCAUUUUUCUUGGCCUUUGGUAUAUUGGUCUUGUUUCUCGUGUGGCUGGAAGACGCCCAGAGAUCUUAACCAUUCUUCAAAAUUGUGCUGUUCUUAGCAUAGCUUGCUGUAUCUUCUACAGCCAUUGUGGUAACCGUGCUAUUCUUAAGCAAACACCCCUUGAAAGACAGCAUACUAGCUGGUUAACUAAAGGAGAUGGUGGAAACAGUACUUGGCUUGCCAAAUUCAUUCACAUUGAUGAGCUGAAAGAACAAGUGUGUUCAUCAUGGUUUGCUCCUGUUGGAUCUGCAAGUGAUUAUCCAUUAUUGUCCAAAUGGGUCAUUUAUGGAGAGUUGGCAUGCAAUGGUUCUUGUCCUGAUUCAUCUGAUGAAAUAUCUCCUAUAUAUUCUUUGUGGGCAACUUUCAUUGGUCUUUACAUUGCCAAUUAUGUAGUGGAGAGAUCAACAGGGUGGGCUUUGGCACAUCCUGUGUCUGUAGACAAUUAUGAGAAGUUGAAGAAGCAGCAAAUGAAACCUCAUUUCUUAGAUAUGGUGCCUUGGUACUCAGGGUUCCCCUGUUUAACUUCGGCUGAUUUGUUUAAAACUGUGUUUGACCUCCUAGUAUCAGUGACUGUGUUUCUUGGCCGCUUUGACAUGCGGAUGAUGCAGGCUGCAAUGAGCAAAACUAGUGAUGAAGACAAGAGAAAAGAGCUAUUAUAUGAUCAUUUUACUGACAAGGAUGAUUUUUGGUUUGACUUCAUGGCUGAUACUGGUGAUGGUGGAAAUUCAUCAUAUUCUAUUGCAAAACUUCUUGCUCAGCCUUUUAUCAGAGUUCCCUUGGAUGAUGAUCUUGUAUCUCUACAAAGGGGUAAUGUCCUGCUUAUUGGUGGAGAUCUUGCAUACCCUAAUCCAUCAGCAUUUACAUAUGAAAAACGUUUGUUUAGUCCUUUUGAGUAUGCGCUUCAACCUCCACAUUGGUACAAAAAGGACUCGAUUUCUGUUAACAAGCCUGAAUUGCCUGAAGGAGUGUCUGAUAUAAAGGAUUAUGAUGGUCCUCAAUGUUUUCUUAUCCCUGGAAACCAUGACUGGUUUGAUGGACUCAAUACUUUCAUGAGGUAUAUAUGCCAUAAAAGUUGGCUUGGUGGCUGGUUUAUGCCCCAAAAGAAAAGCUAUUUUGCCCUUCAGCUACCUAAAGGAUGGUGGGUGUUUGGUUUGGAUCUCGCUCUUCAUGGUGAUAUUGAUGUCUAUCAGUUCAAUUUCUUCUCUGAGUUAGUCAAGGAGAAGGUUGGGGAGAAUGAUGCAGUGAUCAUAAUCACACAUGAGCCGAACUGGCUUCUUGAUUGGUAUUGGAAAGACGAAACUGGAAAGAACAUGAGACACUUGAUAUGCAAUUUUCUGAAAGACAGGUGUAAACUUCGAAUGGCAGGAGAUUUACAUCAUUAUAUGCGUCAUUCAUGUACUACUCAACCAUCAGAUGGAGCACCUCCUCAUGUCCAACAUCUCAUUGUUAAUGGUUGUGGAGGAGCUUUUUUGCAUCCCACACAUGUCUUCAGCGACUUUUCAAAGUUUUAUGGUGCUUCUUAUGAAAGUAAAUCUGCAUAUCCUUCUUUCAGUGAUUCAAGCAAGAUUGCUUUGGGGAAUAUUUUGAAGUUUAGGAAAAAGAAUUGGCAAUUUGAUUUCAUUGGUGGCAUCAUAUACUUUCUCUUGGUCUUUUCCUUGUUCCCUCAAUGUAAGCUAGGCCACAUUUUACGAGGUGAUUCAUUUUCUGGCCACCUGGGGAGUUUCUUUGGCACAGUUUGGGUCGCAUUUGUGUACGUAACAGAGCAGUCAUAUGUGUCUUUCACCGGUGUUCUUAUGUUGCUAAUAGUUGCAAUUAUGUUUGUUCCCUCAAAAAUAUCUCGCAAGAAACGACUACUAAUUGGAGUUCUUCAUGUUGCUGCACACUUGACUGCUGCUUUGAUCCUUAUGCUGUUGUUGGAACUCGGCAUAGAAAUCUGUAUUCAGCAUAAGCUUCUUGCAACCUCCGGUUAUCAUACAUUGUAUCAAUGGUACAAAUCAGUAGAAAAUGAACACUUUCCGGACCCCACUGGCCUUCGAGCUCGCAUUGAACAAUGGACAUUUGGAUUUUAUCCUGCUUGCAUCAAGUACCUUAUGUCAGCAUUUGAUAUUCCUGAGGUUAUGGCGGUUACAAGGACUAACAUUUGCAAAGAAGGAAUGGAGUCGCUUUCUCGAAGUGGAGCAGCUAUAUAUUAUGCUUCAGUCUUCCUCUACUUUUGGGUCUUCUCAACUCCUGUUGUGUCUUUGGUCUUUGGAAGUUACUUAUAUAUCAGCAUCAACUGGCUUCACAUACAUUUUGAUGAAGCUUUCUCUUCACUUCGGAUCGCUAAUUACAAAUCAUUCACCCGUUUACACAUCAAACCUAAUGGAGACCUUGAAGUCUUCACUCUUGGAGUAGAUAAAGUGCCAAAGGAAUGGAAGCUAGACAAAGACUGGGAUUCAGAGCCAAGACCGACUGUGAAGAUGAGUCAUCAUAGAAGGUUUCCAAGCAAAUGGUGUGCAACAACAUUGCACCAAGAUCCUAUCAACACUGUAAAGAUUGUUGACCGAUUUGUUAUCCAUAGAUCAGAGCAAGAAAAUGGAGGAUCGUAG